AUGUGUCUCUUCCCUUUACUAAUUCAACGUGACGACGAAAUUGCUUUCCAUAUCGUCGUAAUCCAGGUUUUCUUCAAGCACAUUGAGGUUGAUUGUCAUUAUGUUCGGGAUGUGCUUAAUUCUGGUGCUAUUUCUCUUCAUCAUGUUGCUACUGCUGAGCAGCUUGCUGAUAUUCUUACUAAAGCUUUGACUGAGCUAAUUAACACACCAAAAGCUUUGUUGAUUUCCCUUUCAUUAAUUGCUAUGGAUAUGAACUUUCCUCUUUCUAAUUUCACCUUAUCAAUCAUUUUCAUAAUUGUUUUUUCCAUUCUCUUAAGACAUUACAAAAUUGUCCACAAACACAUUACCAAAAAGAAACUUCCACCAGGAGAAAUGGGGCUACCAUGGAUUGGUGAAACCAUAGAAUUUUACAAAGCACAAAAAAAGAACAAAUUAUUUGAAGAAUUCGUUCAACCUCGAAUCGAAAAAUAUGGAAAAACCUUCAAAACAAAACUCAUGGGAGCACCAACAGUAGUUGUAUGUGGAGCAGAGGCCAAUAUGUUCUUCAUGUCCAAUGAAUUCAAAUUGGUAAUAAGUUCUUGGCCUACUUCUUCAGUUGAGCUCAUGGGAAAAAAUUCAAUUAUGGAGAAAAAAGGCGAUAUGCAUCGAUUUCUUCGUGGGAUUAUUUCAUCAAGUCUUACAUAUAUUAGCCUAGAUGCAAUGGUACCCAAAAUUUGUAACACAAUUCAAUCCUACUUGGAAAAAAAUUGUCAUGGCCAAGAAGACCGGACGAUUAAACUUUAUCACCUUACCAAAUCCUUGACGUUCAAGAUUGUAUUCGAGUGCUUUUUAGGGAUCGUAGUCAAGCCAGGAUUACUUGAAACGUUCGAGAGAGUCUUGGAAGGGGCAUUUUCGCCCCCAUUUAAGUUUCCAGGAUCUAAGUUCUCGAGGGCUAUAAGUGCAAGGAUGGAAGUACAGACAUUUCUUGUUGAAGUUAUAAGGGAGAAAAAAAGAGAGAUAGAAUUUGGACACGAUCAGGGAGAAGAAGGGAAAUCAGACGAGGCAUUGCUUUCGCGAUUAGUGAAAGCAAUGAUUCGUGGUGAAGUUAGUGAAGACGAAGUUGUUGAUAAUGUUGUUUUGCUAGUGUUUGCUGCACAUGAUACCACCUCUUUUGCUAUUGCUAUGACAUUUAGGAUGUUGGCUCAUCAUCCCUCUUGCUAUUCUCUUCUCUUUCAAGAACAUGCUAAUAUAAUGAGUAAUAAAAGACCAGGGCAGAUACUCUCUUUGGAAGACACAAAAAAGAUGAAAUACACAUGGCAAGUUGCUCGAGAAAGCAUGAGGCUAUUUCCUCCUAUCUUUGGUUCAUUCAGAAAAGCAAUUGCUGACAUUGAAUUUGAUGGAUUCAUUAUUCCAAAAGGUUGGAAGGUAUUGUGGACAACAUAUGGCACACAUAAUAGUCCAGAGUAUUUUAAAGAGCCCCAAAAUUUUGAUCCAAGUAGAUUUGAAGAGCCUGUUCAACCAUAUGCAUUUAUACCAUUUGGAGGAGGACCAAGACUCUGUGCUGGGUACCAAUUGGCAAAGCUAAACAUUCUUAUAUUUGUUCAUUAUAUUGUGACAAGAUACAACUGGUCCUUAAUAAAUCCUGAUGAACCAAUUGUCAUGGAUCCCCUCCCUUUCCCUUCCCAAGGAAUGCCCAUUAAAAUUUCUCCCAAGUUUUAAUGAAAUAAACUCUGUUAUCACUUUAGUCUUAGGACUUUUGGCUGAUUUAUGUCAACUAAGUAUCAUAAGUAAAUUGCUCCCGGUUAUUCAAUCAUUUGAUAACCAGUUAUGGGACUUCAUUAGUUAUCACCAUGAACAAAUUCGGAAAAAAUCUUAUGUCAAUACCCUUUAAUUUUCAUAUUACUCUUCGACAAAAAGGAAUAUUAUCGUCCAGAG